GUGAUACAAUCAUCAGCCACAAAAACAACAAAUGGACAAAUAAUGAAUGGUUCCAAAUUAUCAUCUUCAUUAUCACCACAACCAUCACAAGAAUCAUUUGUAGAUAGUACAUUUAAAUUCGAACAACAGCAACCAACAAGUGCCAAUAAUAAUAAUAAUCAUUCAUCGUUGCAUAAUGACGAUAAUGACAAUAGUCCCGUUGUUUAUGGUGAACUUGUGAUUUUAGGAUAUAAUGGUUGUUUACCACAAGGUGAAAAAGGUCGUAGACGUAGUAAAUAUCAAUUACAACGGAGACAACGUGCCAAUGGUAUUAAGAAAUCUAAACAUUACACAGUUAAACAGCCACAAUCAUCGAAAGCAAUACAAGAUAAGGAACAACAUUCAAUUUCAUUUACAUUAUCAAGAUCUCAGGCAAUUAUUGUUGAAUAUCAACAUGAUGAUGAGACUGAUAUGUUUCAGAUUGGAAGAUCAUCAGAAAGUCCAAUUGAUUUUGUUGUUAUCGAUACGUUAAUGUCUGAAAAUCAACAACAACAACAACAACAACAAUUACUAAAUCGGUGUUUACAAUCUGUACAAAAUGGCAAUAUGUCGUCAUCAUCCGCAUCAUCAUUACAGCCGAUAAAACAAGCACAACAAAGUACGAUAUCGAGAUUUGCAUGUCGUAUAUUAGUGGAUCGUCAACCACCAUAUUGUGCACGUAUUUAUGCCGCUGGUUUUGAUUCGAGUAAAAAUAUUUUUCUCGGUGAAAAAGCAACCAAAUGGCAAACAAAUGGUGAAAUUGAUGGUCUCACCACUAAUGGUAUAUUGGUUAUGCAUCCUAAACAGCCAUUUAUUGAUAAAUGGAAUUCAAAUCAAAAUCAAAAUGAUGAUGAUAACAUUUUUAUGGAACAACAACAAAAAUCACGUUAUAUAGAUGGCAUAUGGCGUGAAGUAUCGGUUUGUGGUGAAAUUUAUUCCGUCCGUGAAACACGUUCAGCAUCACAGAAAGGUGUACGUAUCGAUAAUGAGACAAAUGUUUUACAAGACGGUACAUUAAUUGAUUUAUGUGGUGCAACAUUAAUGUGGCGUUCAUUGGAAGGUUUAUAUCGUUCACCAACGAAAAAAUUAUUAGAAGAAAUGAUUGAUCAAUUGAAUGCAUCACGACCACAAUGUCCAGUUGGCCUGAAUACAUUGGUUAUACCACGAAAAUUAUCUGCAUCAUUGGGUGCAGCUGAUGAUAAACAACCAUAUGUUUAUUUGAAGUGUGGCCAUGUACAAGGCUAUCAUGAUUGGGGCCAAAAUAAACAUUCAAAUACACGGACAUGUCCAAUGUGUUUUAAAUCCGGUCCAAUUGUACGAUUAACAAUGGGUAUUGAACCAUCAUUUUGUACAAGUUCAACAUUACCGAAUUUUGCAUUCAAUCCUUGUGGUCAUAUGGCAUCCGAAUCGACUGUAAGAUAUUGGUCACAAGUAUUAAUACCACACGGUACGAAUGGUUUUCAUGCAAUGUGUCCAUUCUGUUCACAACCAUUACAAGGCGAAUUAGGUUAUGUUAAAUUGAUAUUUCAAUAAUGAUGAAUUUUUUUCCUUUUUCUGUAAAUUUUAGUUUUCUUUUUCCAACCUCUUUUUUUUGUCGC